UGAAUAGCGGAAGCACCGCGCCGUCCAGAUAAGUGCUGUAGUGUAUGUAGGCUAUAUUAAAUGUGAAAGAUCACGAGACAGAAGUUAGAACACUGCUGAACUCGACCCUUCUUAUAAAAGCCGGGAGAGCAACAGAAUCUUUAGUACUUUGAAUACAAGUUCAACGUGGUUGAAAGCUUUUUAUUUCCACAAUGUCAAAUCUAACAUUCCUCAUUGCAAUGGGCCUUGUUGCCUGUACUGUUGCUGCCAGUGUGUCAGUUACCAAACCAGACCUUGACACUUAUUGGGAAACAUGGAAGGAAACCCACUCAAAACAAUACCAAGAUGGUCCUGAGGAGAUGGAAAGGAGACUUGUGUGGGAGAACAACCUCAAGAAGAUUAAUUUGCACAACCUUAAACAUGAUCUUGGUCAGACGAGUUUCAAGCUUGGAAUAAAUGAAUACGGUGAUAGGAGGCUAAGUGAGAUUCGUACCAAAAUGAAUGGCUACAGAAGAUCAAAUACCACCAAGCACCAAGGAAGUGUGUUCUUGAGACCAUCUAACGUCCAGGUACCAGACACCGUAGAUUGGAGGACGCAGGGUUACGUCACUCCCGUGAAGAAUCAGGGCCAAUGUGGAUCUUGCUGGGCCUUCAGUACCACUGGAUCCCUUGAAGGACAGACCUUCAAGAAGACAGGCAAACUCAUCAGCCUUAGUGAACAGAAUCUUGUUGACUGCUCCCGCAAGGAAGGAAACAUGGGCUGUGAGGGAGGUCUCAUGGAUCAGGGCUUUGAGUACGUCAAGGAAAACAAUGGCAUUGACUCCGAGGAAUGCUACCCCUAUGAUGCUGAGGAUGAAACAUGCCACUAUGAACAAUCAUGUGAUUCUGCUGAGGUUACUGGAUACACUGAUGUUACCAGUCAAGAUGAGGAAGCCCUGAUGGAAGCUGUUGCUACUGUAGGACCUAUUUCUGUUGCCAUUGAUGCCAGCCACCAAUCCUUCCAAUUGUAUGAAUCUGGUGUGUAUAAUGAGCCUGACUGCAGUAGCACUGAAUUGGAUCAUGGUGUUCUAGUUGUUGGUUAUGGAACCUCUGAUGGACAGGAUUAUUGGCUCGUAAAGAACAGCUGGGGAGAAAGUUGGGGACUGAAUGGUUACAUCAUGAUGUCUCGAAACAAGAACAACCAAUGUGGUAUUGCUACCUCAGCCAGCUAUCCUCUUGUCUGAAGACACCCCUCCCUACCGCCGCUUUCUCCUGUGUUACCAUUUUCAGUGUUUUCAGAUGAUGUGAGAAGAAUGAUUCAACAUUCUUCUUUAUGAUUAUUCAUAUCUAGUUGACCUCUAUAUACAUAUACACCAUCCUUUCAUGUGUAAAAAUAUCCCAGAAUUGAAUGAAUUAUUAGAAAAUGAAUGAGAUGCAUCUUAUGGAUACAAAAAUGCAUCUAAAGUUGCAAAAAUAUAGUGGUGAAAGUGUCAUUUCCUGAAAAAGUAUAGAAAAGGGGUAAAAGAAAUAGAUCUGUAAUUUACACUAAAGCUAACAUCAAUGUUUUACCAUAAUGACAUAUUUAGCAUAUCUCUAUGCAGGAUGUGUGUUUGCCCAACAUGGCACCUAGAAGAGCAUUCUUAGGUAAAAGAAAUUUUCAAAGCCUCCUGUUAAGUUUAUCCCCUGAGUGAAUCAAACCUGAGUGUGUCCCAUUCUCUCUGCCUUGCAACGAGAGAGGUUUGUGGUACUGAUGACUCUCAUUUGCUAAAAUCUCUUAAGGGCAAUCAAUUAUGUAAAAUAGUCACAUUGGUCAGGACUUUUAUAACUUCAUAGGCUAUUUGUCUUUGCAUUAUGCCAUAUGUGCAUGUACAUACAAUAUUGUCUGUGUUAAAAUCAUUGUUGAAAAACUUCUAUGGAAAAUUAUUGAACCCUUUUUUUAGUUUAUAUUUUUCAAAUCUACUGUAUGUUAAGAUUCAAGUUUCAAACUUAAAAGUUCAAGCAAUCAGAUAGGGGCUAAAGUAAUGUAUUCAAGUUGGUAAACUAAAUCACAAAAUGAGACAACAUUCGAUAUAUCGAGACAUUAACGAUAAUGACGUCAUUCAAGAUGGCAACUUUCAAGAAAAAAAUGUCAGCUCAGCCUCGGGUGAAAAUGUCUGAGAUGAAAGGUUUCUGGAUCAUCCAGAGAAUUUUAAUCAAUAACUCAGGUGUAAGGUACGCAAUAACUUAUAUUUCCCUGAUAAUGGAAACCAUAAAACUGUCAAUUUCGCUUAAAAAACAGAUUUAAAUCGCGACCUAUAAAACGUUAGUUCAAUUAUUAUAAAUAUGUUGGCUGUACGUACGGGCCUCCAAGCUCUUCAGUCUAUGUAUUGGUGAGUGGAGCCAAUGUAGUUCAGCGGAACAACCAAAAUACAGAGACUGAAGCUUUUGGUCUAGUAUUACACUAGAAUAAAUUCUCAAAUAUUUUGGUACGGUGGCUUUUUCGUGACCAUUAUUUCGUCUUUGACAGGCUGAUGUUAAAAAAUGUCUGUGUGCUGCAUGUAUUUAUGUAUGAAUGGUCUGUAAGCCCACAUAAAACAGUGUUGUAGAGGAAGAUAUAUUAUUUUUACUUAAUGUAUGAUUUUUAUUUCUCUCAUUUGUUUUCUUGUCUACUAGUGCCUUCCGUGUUAUCCAUUUCAGAACUUACCACAUCUAUACAGGAUUGAACUACUAUUUAUCACGUGUUGUAAAAUAUUGGUGGCACUUUGAUUUGAAAUGAAAGCAAAGGGUGAUACCAUGAACAUUUUCCAACCACUUGAUGUCAUGAUUGAGUACAGAUAUGCAUUGUGCAAUUGAAUUGAUUUGUAUGUGUACUUGAUUUGGUUGACUUUUUUUUUUUUCUUCUGUAGGUUUUUUUCCUUACCAGUUUGGUGGAUUAAGAAUUUUUUACAAUUUAAUUUUUUACAGAAAUUCAAAUGGUAUUGGGGUUAUUUUUUUUCUCUUAUGCUUUUGUCUCUGUAUGUUGGGGUUGUUUAGUGUUGAAAUGGCAUUCAUUUAUUUAGAUUAGGUAUUGAAUGUUUAGUGGAAACCUCUUUAUUAUGUUAUUUUUUAUUGUUGGACAUUUUCGUUUGCAGGAACGGGUUAAGUGUUUGAUUGUUUAUAUAUGUGUGUAAUUUCAGAUGUAAUACUUAAUAAUUUGCUAUGUAUAUGACUUUUUAUACUGAUAAUUAUUGAAAUAAAAAUCAUGAAAUGUUA